CAUUUCGAGACUAGUCUUAUCUUGAACGGAUCUUUGCUUCCCUCGCUCCCUCUCCGAGUCCACUUCGGACUUUACCCUUGCCUUCCCUGAGCUCACUUCGAGCUCACUUCUUCUUUUGCCGUUGAGUCCCCUUCGGACUCUAACAGUCGCUCUCAAUGCAGUGGCCAUCUCCAACUCAUCUGGUGGGGGUAGCCAGGUCAAGACGGGCAAGGGUGCACCGAUGAAGAUGCUCUUUGGAUCACAGAACCUGAUGAUCACCGCCAAUCUGGGUUUCGCACAGUGGGACACCAGCACUCCAUCCACCGACGGUCAAUUGAAUGCAAACACUUAUAGCAUCGUGAAUGUGAUCCCACUGCCGAAUGGUAUGCAGGUGGUGACGGCGCAGCCCUUUGUGCUCCAGCGCGGUGAUUAUGUGGUUCUGAAUGGUGUGUGGACACGCCCUCCACUCUACACUCUGCAGAACCCAAACGGCCAGUUCCAGGUGACAGAGCAGGGCAUCCGCAUCUACUCUGCCGGGGGGAAUCUGGUAUCCAUCCAGACCAUCAUCGACCACUCGUUUACGGUGGGGCAGACCGUGUAUAUCUACAACAGCGAUUGCGUGCCGUCUCUCGACACCAACACCGGCAAUCAUAAUGGCUACGUCGUGGUUGCGGUGCCGGCAAACGACAUUGUGACGAUCGAUAUCAAGCAGCCACUGCAGCAGCCAGGCACGACAUGCAGCUUUCAGUACAAUACAAACUUUACACUCUAUGACAUCACGCCGUCGCUUGGGUUUGGAUACUACGAUCUCAACAACUCCAGCUUCGACGUGGCGCAGUUGAUCGACCCGACCACGCUCUUGUUCCAGACCAACACCGGGUUCUCGGAAUACAGCAGCACGACGACACUGGUGGCGAGCCAGUUCCGGAUCUCGAGUAUGACGCUGGGCUGGAAGACCACAGUGAGUAAUAUCCCGGAUUCAUAUCCGCUAUCGUUUAUGGGAAAUCCCGUUCCCGCGGCUUUCACCAAACCCCAUGCGGCCAUCCAUCUGGCUGGCGAGUUUUACUGCUUCCUGUGCUCGCCGCAGAUCGGGCAGAUGCGCACCACCCGGAAUAUCAAGGAUAUCUUGGCCAAGAUCCAGCUCACGGAGAACCCGGGUGUGGUGAUCUUCAAUUCGUUCGUGAGCACGCCCUUGAUCCCAGACACACCCAUUGCCCGCAUCGACUAUUUUGAUUUCUACAUGUAUGCCCCGACGGGCUAUUUAUUGAACUUUAACGGCCUGGACUACUCCUUCACGAUCAAGAUCACGGAGACGAUCGAGACGAGUGCCGAGCUCCCCCCACUCAAUGCAUGAUUCAAAAGUGCCUGGGUAUGUUGAAAUUGACCAGCGCGAUCUUGGAGGCCCGUUGCUCGGCCGUGAUCUUUUUACCAGACUUUCCCAUUCCAACAAUGACUUGCUUGGAAUGAGCAUUGAUCUUGAAGUCUCGCCGGAUCUGCUGGUCGUAGGAGAGGACGUUUUGCGGGAGCUGGUCGCGGAACUGGGCGUCCACUAGGACCA